GGACAAACAUCGAACACAUUUGAAUCGCAAACGACUGAAAUAGAAAAGAAGCGAAUUACCUGACCUCUAACGAUUGAUCGAAAUUCGAUAUAUCUAUGCCACAUGGACAACACGCUCGCAAACUUGCGUCGUUGCACUCAGACUGUUACGUGACUGCAAAUGGACGGUGGCGAAACAUCGCACUUAGCUAUUACUUGGGUACUCACUCGACUAAACUGGGGAUCAUGUUUCGCGGCAUGACGUUUACCUUGUUCACUUGGAGGUUGUUUGUUUUGUUCAUUUUUCUACAACCAUAUGCUGUUCACGCUCUGAUACCCAUUGAUUGCGCAGAAAAUGUAACUCGUUCUGAUCAAGUUUGCUGUCCCCGCAAUCCGCAAAAUGGCCUCGUUUGUGGAGGUCCAAGAAGAGGUUACUGCCAGAGGAUUCACGCACCUCAGGAGAACGUGCCGAACGUUUUCUGGGUGGACGAUCGUCUGGCCUGGCCCACUCGAUUUGUUCAAUACGCUUGCCAAUGUCAGCCACGAAUGUUUGGCGUAUCCUGUGAGCAAUGCUGGUUCGGAUGGACGGGAUCAGACUGCACAAGACGAGAAAAAAAGAUUCGGCGUGAUAUUCGUACAUACAGUAACAAAGAAUUAGAGGUUUUCAAGGAUGUGGUCGCCAGGAGCUGGACAUGGCCGUCUAACUUUCUGAUUCUGGAUGAGUCGAAAAAUCAAUACUCAGACCCAAUCCAGCGUCCACGUUUCCUUCGUGCAAGCAUGCAGUAUUAUAUUACAUUUGUACAUUGCUACAGUGCCAGAGGUACGCUAUAUGAUACCAAGGAACAAUGUAACGAAUAUUCCAUCCUCAAUUUCAAUCAUGACGGGGUCACAUUCCCCACUUGGCACCGUUACAACAGCCUUAUUUGGGAACGCUUACUGGGUGAAAUUGCUUGGCAAGUGCACAGAGUAAAGGAUUUCACCAUCCCAUACUGGGAUUGGGUCGGUCUGGAAAAAUGUGACAUCUGCACCAAUCAGUAUCUCGGCGCCCCCGGAGAGGUAGAUAAAUUCGGGACCCGUGUUCACUCCCGGUCGCCGUUUCACAAUUUAACCGACUAUUGCUGGGAACUGGUGCCAGAAGCCAUCUGCUCCGGGUGUCAAAAGUGGGGGAAAGCUGGAAAGCUUACUAGGCGCUUCCACACGGAACUGUUCCCAACGCAGAAAGAUAUUGAAUUUGCACUCAGCCUUAGAAACUACUUCGUCCUCGGAGAACGUGAUUCAAACACGUGCAGAUCAUUUCACAUGGCGUUGGAAGGAUUCUGUGGUCCCCCUGGUACGGCGCCUACUGGCUUGUGGACGCACAACAAAGUGCACAAUAUGAUCCAAGGCAGUAUGCAAAGCACAGCCACCGCAACCAAUGAUCCAUUGUUCAUUCUGCAUCAUGCCACGGUGGACAAGAUAUUUUCGAUGUGGUACCGCCGAUACAGUCCUAGUCUCACGGAGUACCCCAACGAGGGUGUCAGACCAGGACACAAGCGCGACGCCUUCAUGAUCGGCUUUUUCCCUCUGGUCCGCAACGGAGAAAUGUUCGUCGAUGUGACCGAACUCGGAUACGACUACGACAGGCCAGAAUCAGUGGGAAAUUACGCAAACAACGGCGAGCCGCCUGUAUUUCAAUAACUUAGUUAUGCUAAUAUCCGACAGCUAAUCGCGUUGAUUAAUAAACACUGUGGACGGGGAACGAGAUUACGAAGACAACAGCUAGUGAUUACUAUAGAGUAUAGCAGAGCUAAUAGUGUAUCAGUUCAAUACGU